GGGUCUGGCGCUGAUCUUCCACGCCGCCCCACCAGGGUGCCGGCACUGAUUCUCCCUCCCGCCCCCCGGGGUCCCGGCACUAGUCCUCUGCGCCACCCCCCCGGGAUCCCAGCACUAGUUCUCCGCACCGUCCCCCCAGGGUCCCGGCGCUGGUCCCAACGCUGCCCCCGUACCAGCCCCGCACUGCACCUCGCCCGCCUCAGGGUCCCGCCGACCGCGAGCUCCCGCGCCCCUGGAGAUCGCGGUGUCCCGAAUCCUCAGCUAGGACUGCAGUCAGGCAGUGUGCGGUGCCGGGGCCGUGUCGGAAUUCUGUUUAACAGUGAUCAUCAGCUGAAAUUAUGGCCACUGCCAGUGGUGAGGUGCACCAUCCUGUAGAUCCCGGAAUCUCAAAGCUGCAGUUUGCUCCCUUCAGUAGUGCCUUGGAUGCAGGAUUCUGGCACGAACUAACCCAGAAGAAACUCAAUGAAUACCGACUGGAUGAGACCCCCAAAGUUAUCAAGGGAUACUAUUACAAUGGUGAUCCUUUGGGUUUGCCAGCUCGCUUGACAUUGGAGUUUAGUGCCUUUGAUACGAACGCUUCGAUACCAGCCCGUUGCUGUCCUGCUUUUGGAACGUUGUAUAAUACCAACACUUUUGAGACGUUCAAAUCCUGUGAUAAGAAAUCACUUCUGGAAAAAGAAGCCAAUGAGAUAUGGGAAUCCAUAAAAUCUGGAGCUGCUCUUGAAAACCCCAUGCUCUUGAACAGGUUUCUACUGCUGACAUUUGCAGAUUUAAAAAAGUAUCACUUCUAUUACUGGUUUUGUUACCCUGCUCUCUGCUUCCCCAGUGGAAUACAUAUAAUUCAGAAACCGGUGUGUCUUGGUGAGAGGUUCUCAUUAAAUCAGAUUCAAGCACUUCAGAAAGCAUAUGAUGACCUUUGCCAGAAAGAGGGAGUUACAGCCCUGCCUUAUUUUUUAAUCAAGUAUCACGACAAUUCUGUCAUGAUAUCUCUAUUGAAAAAGUGGGAUGGUUUCUUUCAAGACCAAGGGGGAAAGGUGACGGUUGGAGUUUAUGAUCCAUGUAAUUUAUCCCAAUAUCCAGGAUGGCCACUGAGAAAUUUCCUGAUCUUGGCAGCCCACAAUUGGAGCAACAUUCUCCAGACAGUUGAAGUGCUCUGCUUCAGAGACAGGACCAUGCAAGGGGUGAGGGACAUAACACACAGCAUUAUCUUUGAAAUAAAACUUCCAGAGAAACCCCUUGGCCCAGAUUGUCCAAAAGCUGUUGGAUGGGAGAAAAACCAAAAGGGAGGCAUGGGUCCGAGGAUGGUGAAUCUCAGUGAGUGCAUGGAUCCAAAAAGGUUAGCAGAAUCAUCUGUGGAUCUUAAUUUGAAAUUGAUGUGCUGGCGUUUGGUCCCUACUCUGGAUUUAGAAAAGAUUGUGUCUGCCAAGUGUCUGCUGCUAGGAGCUGGUACACUGGGUUGUAGUGUUGCAAGGACCUUGAUGGGCUGGGGAGUCAGGAAGAUCACAUUUGUGGACAAUGCAAAGAUCUCCUACUCCAACCCUGUGCGGCAGCCGCUGUACGAGUUUGAGGACUGUCUGAGUGGGGGGAAGCCCAAGGCACUUGCAGCAGCAGACAGGCUACUGAAAAUCUUCCCAGGAGUGAGCUCAGAAGGCUAUAACAUGAGCAUCCCUAUGCCAGGUCACCCAGUGAAUUUUUCUGAGGUAACAAUGGCACAGGCUCGGAAGGACGUGGCUAAACUUGAAGAGCUUAUUGAUACUCAUGAUGUUGUUUUCCUACUGAUGGACACUAGAGAAAGUCGAUGGCUUCCUGCUGUCAUUGCAGCCAGUAAGAGGAAGUUGGUCAUCAAUGCUGCCUUAGGAUUUGACACUUUCGUUGUUAUGAGACACGGCCUAAAGAAACCAAAACAGCAAGAGUCUGGUGAUUCGUGUUUCAGCAAUGCUGCUGGUCCUUCUGAUCUUUUGGGAUCGUCACUCUUUUCAAAUAUCCCUGGCUAUAAACUGGGCUGCUACUUCUGCAAUGAUGUUGUGGCACCAGGGGAUUCCACCAGGGAUCGGACACUGGACCAGCAGUGCACAGUCAGUCGCCCUGGAUUAGCCAUGGUAGCUGGAGCCCUUGCAGUGGAAUUAAUGGUUUCUGUUUUACAGCAUCCAGAAGGUGGUUAUGCUGUGGCCAGCAGUAGUGAUGAUAGAAUGAAUGAGCCCCCUACUUCUCUUGGACUUGUUCCUCAUCAGAUCCGAGGAUUUUUAUCAAGAUUUGAUAAUGUUCUUCCAGUCAGCCUGGCAUUUGAUAAGUGCACAGCCUGCUCAGCCAAGGUCCUUGAACAGUAUGAGCGAGAAGGAUUUAAUUUCCUAGCUAAAGUUUUUAAUUCUUCACAUUCCUUCUUGGAAGAUUUGACAGGUCUAACUUUAUUACACCAGGAGACACAAGCUGCAGAGGUACAGUCAUUCCAACAACUCAAGUGCUGUGCCCUGAAAAUGGCCUUUUCAGCUCUAAAGCACUUUAAGAUCUGGGACAUGAGUGAUGAUGAAACAAUCUGAAAUCAGCUGGAUAAGGAGGAGGAUGACCUGGACUGCAGCCCUGCCUUUAUCUGUUACCUGACAAGUUAAUGAUUGCUUACCCAUUCUGACUGCUGCAAAUACAAAUAUAAUCCACAUUUUGACAUUAAUAACUUCACCUUAAAAGCAGUCUGUUAUGGACAGAACUCUCCAUGUUUUCAUUUUUAUUUCGUAAAUAACUAAAGCAGUGUGGUUAUGUUUAAACUUGGUCUUUUUUUUUUUUUUGUUAGUUUCUAAAUAUGGCUUACGUAUAAAAUACACUGCUUAAAUAAGCUUUGGAGGUUUAUUUGUCCCAGGUUUUAUUUUGCUUGUCAGUGGACACGUGGAAGCAGCAUGUCUUUUUUCAUCUUUCCCAGAUUUGUGCCCCUUUAGUUGGAAUCUGUUGUUAAGACUGAGCAUGUUCUGCUACUGGGAAUUAAACUUCAUCUUUAAAGGAGGGUGGGAGUGGGGAAGAACCCACACCUCCUGCUUCCACCACAUUGCUUUUGUCUCCAAGCACAUAUUUAGAGUACAGUUGUUCUUGAUGUGUCAGUGCAGGUGUUAUUCUCUGUAAAGAUCUCAUCAUUUCAUGCUAUGGCAACAAUGUAGUUUGACUUAUUUUGCACAGAAAAGACCAGAAUGCAAUUUUUAUGAUGAUGAAGCUUUCCUGAAGUUCAGAGAAGGCUCUGUUAAUGUAGUAAAAAAAAAAAAGUGUUUUAGGGGGUGGAUCACUGAUUCAGUCAAAACUUCUAGAAAAAUACUUAAAUGAAAUAAGAAAUUGGUUCUCUGACUUUGCUGUUCUUGGAUGUGGACCUCCAGUACUUUAUAGGUGUUAAAAAGGAGCAGUUGUGAGAUUUUUUUUUAUUCAUUUAAGUCUUUCCAUUUUUACAGCAUCAAGAAUGGUUCCAGAGAUUAUGGCUGAGCACAAACAGUAGUUUGAGAAUCCUCAAGUUUAACAGAUAACUUGAGGAAAAGGACUUUUAAAAUAUCAAAGUAAAUUACUACAAAAUUGAAUCUAUUGCUUUUAACAUGGAAAACAUUUUAGAAGGAUAUUUGAAAUCUCUUUUAUAGCUUUAUAUUGUGGGGUUUAUGGGCUAACUCACUAAGAAGAAGUGCAAAUCGCCUUAUCUGUCAAGCAGUCUCUGUUUCCCAUAUAUGUUAUGAAAAGUAGUUGCUCAAUCCAAUUAUUUAGGUCCUUAAAAUAAGCUCUGAAUAUUUUUUGUAGAGAAUUUUGCAGCUUCUCUCUGUGCCACAUCAGAAGUUCAUUCAGAUCAAGGAUAUCUGCAACUCCCAUAUUCUGACCAUAAAAGAAGAUUUAUUGAAACGUGCUGGGGUUUGCACCAACUGUCUAAAUUAGCAAUUAUUUGUACUUAUUUUAACUAUCAUAUUCAUAUAUUUACAUGAUUUUUCAUGUAGUGUAGUGUCUAGUUUAAUUAACUUCAUUGUAAUAUAAAAAUAUAUAUUGAAGCAAUAUAUUUUUGAAAGGCUAGUAAUGAUAGCAAUCUGAUCUAUAGGAGGUCAGGCACUGAACACUGAGAUUGAUAACAUUCCAUGUAAAUUUUUAAAGCAGUUUGUUAAAUUGUAUAAUUAGUUUGGAGCUCAAAUGACUCCCAUGUUGUUAUCCAUGCCAUUGUCCAGCUGGAACCAUGGAUUGGUAGCAGGGUAGUUUAAAGGGAAUAAUCUGCUUUUUUGUCUUUUGGAGUUGCUGACCCUUGGAGCGUGAAUGUCUUUGCAGAAUCUGGUUAUCUAAAACCUGAAAGCUGAAUCUGAUAAACAUCAAUAAUUAUUUUAAAUGUCUGAAACUCUGCUUAUCCUGUUACAGUUACCUUGUAGCUUUGCAUUGGAAGUAUCUGUUUAAGUGCAGAAGAGCACAAGGCAGGAAGGUUCAAAACUCAGGGUUAAUGUAAUGUUUCCUUACCUCAGUGUUUUCAGUAACAUACAGCUCUCUGAGACUGAGCUGUGUCCUGCACAUAUGCUCCCCAGCUGUCUCUGAUGUUCAAAAACACUUCAGUUGGACUUGGAAUAACUUCCGUUUUCUAACUAUAAUGUUGUUUUCUUUCUCCUUGUGGACCAGAAUUCCUCUUAUUUUGCUUUUACUCAGUUUCUAGGCAUUUACUGAGUGAGAAAUUGUGAGAAUCCAUUCAAAUGAAUGAAUGCACAUUCACAUACUAUUAGCAGAUAAACACAUUUACUUGCUGGCUUGUAUGCAUCUAAUGACAGGAUUUCAGCACAGUCCUCAGCUCCAGUUAUUGCUGGUUAAUGGAAGAAGCUAAAUUUUCCCUUUCUUCAUGAAGGAGGUAGGAUUUUGAUGUUAUUUGUGCUGCCAUGACGUCAGUGAAGAACCCAAACUCAUACUUAUGCUGCAGAACCCAACGGCUACUGUGGCUUUUCAGGUGUAAAACAAAUCUGUUGGGAAGAGGGAAUGAGUAGCCUCAGAGGAACCUGCUCAUCUUCCUAAACUAUCUAACAGAAAUGUAAUGGCAUUAUAGGACUGUGGAGGUGGGAACUGUGACACCUACAUAUCUUGUCUGGGACCAUUUAAUACUGUUAGUAGAAGAGCACAGAUCUCAGUGGAAAGCUCUUGACGCCGCUUUUGUACUUGAGUAUUAAAGAAACAAAUGGAAUUAUAUCCUCUGUUUUGAUGUCACACUUGUACUGACUGGAAUUUUUCUUCAGUGUCACCCCUUCGUCGUGUUUGCUGGCUGGAGUUUGGAUUUUGUUACAUGAAUGUGCCACAUUCACUGAAGUGAGGAACUUGAGAUUCUGUGUGAGACUUUUCUUCCUUAAAGCCCCCACUUGCUCUCAUCCUUGCUUUCACAGUCUGCUGUGUCAUAGUCUGUCAAUCAGGAAUAAAUUUCCCUUAGGCCUUUGCCCUUUAUGUCCCGUGUAAAUGGUCCCACACCAUUAGAUCCAGGAGAAUCAUGGCCAGUACCUGCUUCAGCCCACACAAGAAUCUGCUCAUGGAGCGUGACUAGUUUGGGUCUUAAGCCUUCAACACUGGGCUCUGUAAGGGAGAAAAGGCACAAAUUUGAAAAUUUCACUUAGAUCCAUGAAAAAAGAUUCAUGAUAGCAGAGACAGGUUGGUUGAGAAAGUCAUCAGGGAGUGGGACCACAGGAGUUCUAUUCCUGGGAAGCUGAUGAUGCCCAAGAGCUAAACAGAGAUUCUGCUUCAGUAGAAGUCAACAGCACAACAGGUAUUUUGUCAUGUCAAAGAAAAAUGUAGGGACUGCUCAGGCCUUAAUAUCAUUGAGCUUGGAAAAAUGCUUUUUCCUUCCUUGUGUUCUGUACGGCUUCAGUAUUGUGUCUUCAGAGAAGUGAUAUAAACUAAAAUUUCUGUGUUCUCAUCUUUGAUAUUCUUAUCUCACUUCCUGUAUGUCCCUGCCCAUGACAGGGGGGGUUGGGACUAGAUGAUAUUUAAGAUCCCUUCCAACCCCUUAGAACUAUGAUUCUAAUUCUGUUUCUUUGUAUAAAAUUUGGCUGUUCAUCUUAAAUAUAUGCAUCAGAAUUAUUAGCAAAAUGUAGUAAUUCUCCCAUAUAUGAGCACUCUAUUUUACUUUCUCACUUGUGCUCUCAUAGAUAACUUUUAUUGAAAUGGGUAUUAUGUAUUUCUGAACUUUGUGCUGUAGAAUCGCAGUACUUGUUUCUCCCUCUUACUGAAUUCUUCCUAAAUGUAUGUUAACUAAUGUAAUUAUUAUUGCUGAUGGAAUCAUAGAGUCAUUUGGUUGGAAAAGACCUUUAAGAUCAUCAAAUCCAGCUGUUGCCCCAGCACUGCUCUGGGACCAUGUUGGGCCAUGAAGAGUUCACCCAGUUCCUGACUCCCUGUUGAGUUUUCUUUCACUUUUUCAAGUCACAUCGUAAAAACAGUGGAAUUCUGAGGUUUGACUUUGCCAUCCAGAAUUCUCGUUAAGGCCAGUAAUGUGUGAGGUCACUGAGUUGCUGAUACCAACUUUUCUGAUGGUGAUCAAGAACAAUUGUGCAUGUUUCUUACAGAGUCCUGGAGAGGUGUGACAGAAUCCACGAGGUUAUUUUAUAUAGUUCCUUAUGCAACAUGGUAAACUUUAGCUGACUUCCUAAGAAACAGUCUGGAAGAUAUCUUGAGCCUGUUACUAUUUUUCUUCUGAAUCUUUUGAUGUGGCUUCAUUAAUUCCUUUUCUCUUUUUUUUUAAUUUAAUUUUCAGUGCAGAGGAUGUGCUUGUGCAUAUUCUAAGUUUCAGAAGAAUGAAACUUCCCCUCAAGAGGGUGUUAUGCACCUUUUCUCUCUUAGAGCACCUGGAUUAAUUGUUUUAAAAGACAGAAAUACUACACUACAAGGACUUUGGACUGUCCCACCCUGGCAGUGUGUAAAUUCCUAACCUAUGAAAAACCUGCUUACCUGUCCCAUUUCAGUUCCAGCUCUCCUUCCCCUGCAGCUGCCUGGACCUCUGCUAGACCUUAACAGUGUGUAAAAAUACUGUGGCACCACACAGGUAAUGCAUUAGGUUUGAAAAUAAUCUAGACUGGCCCUCUCUAUUGCCACUUCAGCUUUCCAGUGUAAUGAUUUCUGAAAAAGUUCACUUACUUAUCUGUGCAGCACUUGACAAACUGUAACAGUUUGUUGACAUUGGUUUUUUUUCCCUCAUUUCACUUUUAUUGAUACCCUUUUGUCCCCUACUACUGACAGUACUUGGCAAAGAAUAUCUAUGGGUUUUAUUCUCAAUUAUCCUGGGUCAAACUGUUGUUCCAACCUGGGGUUUUUUUGCAGUAUUCAAAUCAUGUCACGAUAACCCAAGUGGGCUGUGGCUUGUGCUCAUUUCUCCUCAGUACAGGAGCUGACAGUCAGAAAUCCACAUUCUUCCACCAGCCAGCAAUUCUAUCCAGGUCGUAGUGAAGUCUCUGGUGUGAGUCACUUGAGGAUUUUAACCUGGCCAAGGAGGUUGGCACAGGGAAGAAGAACUGAAGCUCCUCCCCAAAGAAUUAAUAGCAAUACUCUCCAACAGCAAUGAUGUUAAGUACCUUAAGGUAUUCCAUGUCUUAGGGCAGCAAUUUUUUCACCUAAUUCCCCAGCCCAAAUGAUCUCACCCCAGGGUAAGUAUGCAGAUGACUACUCCAGCCAUGUAUAAGUUUGAGUUCUGAUUGCAGCCCUCAUAACAGUAUUAAUAUUAUCUACCUGUUGUGAUUUCACCACAGCAUUUUUUCAAAUCCAGUGGGAUUAUUUAGGACAUUUUCUGAAAAGAGUUUCAAAACCCACCAGUCAUUUGUCAGAACUUUGCAAAUGAAGUAGCAGAGGUUCUUUCUGUUCAAUGUUCUCUUGCCAUUGAAGCUUCUUGCAGGCACUUCCUUGGGCUUACAGCUAAAAGGGGCAAUCAGGAGUUCUAAAAACAAACAUGUUUUGUUUCCUGGCUGGCAUAGAGCACACACUCUCCUUCCAUCUCCUGUAGCAGUCUAAAUGCCUGUUUCCUCACGUUCUUUGAGUGGAUGUUUAUACAGGACAUUGAAUAUAAAGUACAAUGGGCUCUGUCUCUGGAGCUGAAAGGCACGUGCACACACUCAUUUCAUUUUAAAUGCUAAAAAUUUCAAAUUAGUUCUCAACAAAAUAUCUUGGUAAGCUAACAGGGAAGGACAGAAGCAUAUGCACAGCACUGUACUGCUGCAAAUGAAAAGCACAAUUUUUAAAAAAUCAGUCCUUGUAACUUCCAUCCAGUUACUCUUUGUUCUUACAUUCCUUGGCUGUAAAUUGCUGCUUCAGUUGCCCUCAAGCAUCCAAAAAUCCAGGCUUGUGUGUAACUUCAGUUUUCUUUUUGGCACCAGGACAUUUGAUUUUUGCUAGGUCUCAGCAGAAUGAUUCAUUGUUUGAUUUGUUAAUGAAAUUCACUACUAAUAUUAAUUACUAAUGUUAUGCACUAUGGAAAUAAGAGAGACGUUAUUCUGGUUUGCUUCUUACAGAGAAGGUCAGUAGUUUUUUCCUUAAUUUCUCCUUUGGUCUAAUGGUCCUAAUGGUCUUCUAAUGAUGCUCAUCUCUUAAGAAGCUGCAGUUGAUGCAUCCUGGCAAGGCUGUGCUGCAGGAUCUGGGGCAUGUGAAAUGCAAGCUGGCAUCUUGUUGCUGGAAUGGUUUUACUUUCUAAAUCAAAUGAAUGUGGGCUAAAGCUGCCUGGAAAAAUGCUGCUGGAAUUGUUUCCUCGUCAUGUCAAUAGGCUGGGAAGGACAGCAAGGCCUGCAGAGCUUCCACAUCUGCUGCACUGAAUGCAUUUGGACUCUGGUUUUUGGCAGUUUUUGAUGUCCUUUCCAUCUGCUUUUUUCUGUCCCUGUGAGUAUCUUCCCCCACCCCCAGUGCUCAUGUCCUCACUGCUGAGGGAGGGCUGUCAGCGAGCACCCAAAUGAAUUUCUAGUGACAGACUUCAAUUAGUGGCGAGGAAACAUCUAGCUUAGGGAGGAUCUGACUUGAGGUUUUUCCUUUGUCUGUAAGUGUCCUCAUUUCAUGCUUCCAAGUCUGACUUUUAUAAGGUAAUUCUGUAGGUGUUGCCACUUCCUCCGGAACCUGUGACUCAGGCGCCCUAUAAAUGCCGUGACAUCACCAGCAGCUCCUGUGGAAUUGCCAGUUUCCUAAAUGAGGCUGUUGGCUUCGCUUUUGGGACUUCCAGCUUUGCUUUGAGGGUUUUUUUUGUCAGGGGGGAGGGAUUAAGGGUUUUAAUUACUUAAGGCAGCCUUGCCAUUCCAGGGAACCACACUGCAGGUGUUUUAGCCUUUUGAAUUGUGGAAAUUGCCAAUGUAGAAGUUUACUUAAAACAGGAGAUCCACAUUCAUAUACCAGUUAUUUAUGAAUGAAAUAAUUGUAAUUAGGCCUUUGUAGAGGUUCUGUUGUUAUAAAUCAGUCUUAAUUCACUCCUGGUUUAGGGAGGGGUGGAGACAAGGGGAGGAAAAGGUCUGAGCGUACUUUUCCAUUGUUUUUUUGGAAGCAAUGAAACAAAAGACGUGUUCAUACUACAGAGUGUGAAAUGACUCUCAGCAAGUGUGUAUCUGCAGCACAGCAGAUUCACGGCAGAUUUCAGUGUUUCCUUUCCAGUGGCAGUGCUGUGUAAGUCCAUGGCUGGAACAGGAGGAGCUGCAGUAAGUUCUGGUUCUGUGGGGAGUGUCCCUGAAGCCGGCAGGACUCGGGGUGGCAGCAGGAAGGCAGGGGCCACAGGCAGCUCCUGCGGCUGUGUGUCCUUGGCCACGAGCCCCAGCGUCACUGCAGGCAGGACCUGGCUGGGGAACUGCUGAGAGAAAUAAUGUCAGGAAUUCUGGUCAUCAGAGGAAUGUGACGAGUUGGAUGUCUGUCUAGGUCAUGUGUUCAUGGUGUUCUUGUACAGGCUGUAAAAGUGUUGGUUUAUUUUUUAUUGUUGGGAGCAAAGGAUCCCCGUCCCUUUGUUUAAAUAGUAGCAUUUUGGAACUCCACAAUAAUUUGUGCAGCAGAGGCUUUAGGUGUGGCCUUUGAUUGUGCUUGGAUCGUGUGGGUUCUCACUGAGCAGGCAGUGCUGUUGUGGUUGUACUUAAAGGAAAAUUCAGAGAACAUCCAUGUAUGCAGGGAGGUGGCAUCAGUGGCUACCAUAGAUAAUGGUCUUUCUUCUAAUGAUAUCAGUCCAUGUCAAAAUUUGGCACUAUUGAGAACUAUGUAAUUAAAGUUAUUUUUCAGAUGACACAUUAAACCAAAGUCCUAAAAGAAAGUUCUAUUAUCUCUUUCUACUUUCUUUCUGAUAAUUUAUUUUCUUUCUUUCUGUUUUUUUCUUUUAAUCGUACCUUCCUGAAGUUGCUAUUGAGUUUCCUCUGGGCCCUUCAUUUUCUAAGUUACUUUGUGCAUGCUUUUAACUAAAAACUCUCACUCAAGUUUUACCCAGUGGCCAGUGGCUAUUGGAGCACUAGUUGUUUAUCAUUAUGGGCACUAAGCUGGGAGUGCUUUAAGUGAUAACAUUGCAAUUAUUUGAUCACACAAAUAUGAAGACAGUUUUCCCCUAAUUAGAACGUUUGCUGUUUUGUGCCUCUUGCAUGCAGUUGAACACUAUUUGUGGUUUUCCUUGGGGCAGUAGUUGGGAUCUGUAAAAGCUCCUGCCCCAUGAGCCAUGAUGGAGCAGCUGAUGUCUGAUCACACUCUCCAAACCCCUGGUACCCUCACAUGGCCAGUGCUCCCCAAAAUCCUGGGCUGGGGCAUUCAAUUACUUGCUAACUCUGUUGUGUUGAACAGGAAUUCAGUCGAGUUUAGCAGUCAAAUACUACAAACUCCAGACAGACUUCUUUUAACCACUAGUUUUCAAGGGAGGAAGACAGCAAGUCAGCUGGUGUGUGUCCAGUGUUGCCCUGUGGCUGGACAUACUCUAGUUUCAUUUUCAAAAAUGAUGAUGUCUGUUACUUCAUUUAAUUUCCUGUUGAUAGUAUUUGGCAAUGUCAUUAAGAGAUUCAGAUAGAUAACUUCAUGAUAUCCGAUACUGGAAAAGUAUGUGACUCAAAUGUCACUCGUGUGUACAGAUGCCACGGGGACGUGCAGCAGAACAUGUUUCAGAAUAUGACCAAAAUCCUGGUUUUAAAUUAUUUUGUUGAUGUAGUUGUAGGUGGUUGUGGCUUCAGAAAUUUUGUAAGCCAAAGUGUUAUUGUUAUUUUCCAGCUUUCACGGUUUGGAAUUUUUAAAAACAUUGAUUAUUUAAAGGAACUUUGUCCUCUCCAUAAUAGUCACAUCCAUGGGAAGAUGGAUCGAGGCAGGGGCCUGAGGGGCUGUACUCCAGGCCUCCAGUGAGGCCAAAGAAAAUCUCAGUUUGAGUUAGUUCAGUAGAGACUCUUGCUGAGUAAGGGCCUGGUGCAGUGAGACCAAUCUCCAUGGAGUCAGCUGGGCAAGAGAAUAGUACAGGUGCUAGAGGUGAUAAAGCUUUGUCUCACCUCUGAUAUUGUCUAUUAAUGCCUUUUAAUUGAAUUUGGAUAAGUUGCUCAGGUUAGUGGAAUUCAUUUGUGUCAAUUUUUGGAUGCCAAAAUUUGGAUGCUCUGAUCCAGACUUUGAUGGUGUCUUAAACUGGGUUUCAGAAUUCUAAAAGGAGUCUGUUUUGGAAUGUAAAGACAAUCUUAAGCAUGUAUUUCUAAAACUUAUGUGUGUAAAAGAGGAUGAAAUAAAUCUGUUCUUAAAUUUUAACUGCUUGCUGUUUCAGUUUUGCACUUCCUUGCCGGGCUGUACUGGCCGAGGUGCUCCCCAGCACGGGCGCUGGGAUUCGUGUAAUAAAUCAGCUAAAAUAGAGAGGAGUCACCAAAGAGCUUUGCUAUUCCUGGGGAAAAAAAUAACAGAAAAGGAAAAAGUUAGUUGAGUGCACUUUUUAAAAAGGAGUUUCUGGUUUUGAGGCUUGUGGUGUUUGUUACCAGUCUUGUGAUGUUUGUUACCAAUCUUCCUGCCAGAAGCUUGACUUUGUCUCACAGCAAGUGCACGCUGCUCCCAGAGGGAUUCACAUCCACAGUCAGCUUGGGUUAGCAUGGUUGGAAAUGGAGUAAUAAAGCUCAGCGACCCAGUCUGAGAGCGGCUGGAAAUAACACUGGCUGUGUUCUCCCAGGCCUGAACUGACAUUGAAAGUUUCUGUCCCCAGGAACUAGAGGUUUGGAUUCAGUUACAAAAGGAAGGUGUGCACUGCCUUUAGUGGAACAGAAUUAAGCAGGUAAGAAUUGGACUUGGGUUUUUGAAAUUUUCUUAUUUAACAAACAUUUCUUGAUUAGUUCUGGCUAUAUAUUAUAAAUGUACUCCAGAGGAGAAAAAAACCCUUCUUUUUUCAUUUCCUGAGUGAACUCCAGAGAAGUGUUCAUGAACUAAGUAUAAAGUGUAAGUUGCCAUGACAUGUAAUUUGUGGUGUUAGUGACAUCUUUGUGUUUUACAAACCUUUCACAGUGUUUUCAUUGGCUGUUUUCUCCAGUUAAACUUUUCACUAAAAAAAGUACAAAACUUCCAUUAUGAGAGAAGAACAAAAUGAACUGAAAUGAUUUGAAAUCGUCACCCAUUGCCCCAAAUCUUUGUUGUAGUGAAGCUCCAGCAAUUCUUUUGUCCUACCAUACUAAUGUUUUUAUUUCCUCCUUUGUUCCAGUUCUAGAUGGGAGAUAUGAAGGGGCAGAAGAGGAACCUGGAGGAGAGGCAGGAAAGACACUGUAUAGAGACUGGCUUCCUGUCUAAGGCUUUAGGAACAAUGGACCAAGACUACCCCAGUUUGGGAGCUUUCCCAUCAGAGGUAUUGUCAUUGGACAUUCCUUCUAAGAGCUUCAGUUCUUCUCCUUGGCUGCUGACAGAUCUUGGCACAUCCUUUUUUCUGGCCAGGGCCUGUCUAUCUAUGGGGAGUUCUCCUGAGGCUUAGCAUCAAUUUUCUUCUAUUGUGGAGCUUCCACAGUAUUGUGGGUUGCUGUAUCUGUGAGGUUUCAGAGGAUCACAGGCAGUGGAUCACAGCCAGCUUUCAUGGAGAUUAAGUACUACUCCUCUUUUGUCACCCAGCUUCUCUAGUGCUCUCAGGAAGGAGAGGAAUGUUGUUCUGAAUUUGUACCUACAGAGCAAUUAGACCAAUAGACUUGCUUAAGCAGAUUUCUUAGCCACAAGCAAAAUAAAUAAAUAUAUAUCUGGAAGCUUCGUGAUGUGAUCUUGUAUCUUAGUGAACAAUCCCUUUGCUCCCUAAACACCAUCCCAUGUGAAGUUCAAGCAGUGUUUUGCUUUGAGGUUAUAGUGUAGCUAAUUCCCACAUCAUGGCUGCAGAGUUAAGCAGUGGAGGUUUCCUGAGGAGAGAAUCUUUGCUUUUCAUCAGUCUGCCUAGUUGGGCAGAUUAGAGCUUUCACAACUCUCAGAAUGUUGCUGGUCUCCCAGCACUGGGGUUUUGUUUUAUGUUCCGUCAAUUCCCAAGAAUCUGUUUUCUUUUUUCUUGAAUUUAAAAAUGAACACAUCUGGUUUGUGGCUGUGUAAAAAAGACAUGAAAAUGUGAAGCUAAAUGGCUCAAGGACAGAAUUAAUUCCAAAUGUCAUUAUUUAUAAUAACUUGAUUUUAAUUUUACUUCUGAAAAAUUCGAGUGAAACAUUUUCUGAGGUCUGUGAAUGCGUAACACAGUUGUGGUGAGAUAGCAGUGUUACCACCUUACAGUUGUUCAUAGAAGUCAAAAUAACUGAUGGCAAGAAAACUCUCCAGGCACUGCAGCACUCUAAUGUUGUUGUGCCUGGGUGUCUGUUCAAGGCAAACAGCCACAGAGCAGUAGAGAUUUGUAUAAGCAAUAUAAAAGCAAUGGUCUGUAUCUGUUCCUUGGUGUUAUAAAGGCAGAAAACCAAUUUUUGAAUGUCUGGGGAGCAGUGUAAAGAACUCCCAAAGUCCAGAUGCUGUUGAUGCUCCAGCAGCAGGAUCCCAUUGUGGCAGCUGUGACACUUCCUUGCCUCUGUGCCCCAGCAUCACAUGUUACAUUCUAGGCAGCUCAUGAGGUUGGAUACUCUCAGUUUUCUUUUUGUUGAGCUCUGGGAAUCAGCACCCUGAAUAUAGACUUCUGUGCCAUCAAGGGAAGAGCUUAUUUUAUAAUUUAGAACAGCCAGCUAAAAGAACCGUGUGUUCAGUUGCAGAUUUUGGAGCCUUGGGCAAAUUUUACUUUUCUAGUCACUGGCAAGUGAUUAGUUUUAAGCACUUUCUGCCCAGUUACUGCAACUUUGCACAGGCGGGAGGGAUGUGUGAGAGGCUGUAUUGCUCCACCUGAGAGCUGGACUGGUUGUGCCGUGGCAGAAAGGGAAGGAUCCUGCAGGAGCUACAGAGAGAGGAGUGAUGUGUAAGCUAAUUUAGUUUUGCUGCUAACACUGACUUUUGUCUUAGGGGAAAAUGCAUCUAACUUGCUUUGGGAGUGUGUCACAGAAGGACAGAAUGGAGAGAAGAUGGGAUCUGUCAUGGGGCAACUGUUAAAAGGAACAAACUUUUCAUAUAAAUAGGAGAAUAUUUCUUCUUGCCUUCAUUAGCUUCUCUUUCUUUAAUGAUCUAUUAUGGGUGGAUCGCUACUGACUUUAAUUCUCAGCCCUUGCCCAGGCAUUUUUCACAUUUCCUGUGGGAAUUGGUAGAACCAUCUGCAUCCCGAGUUCAUCUGUACCAGGGCAGAGCAGGAGGAGAAUCCCACAUUCUUCUUUCCUGUAUUUCCAAGUAGAAAUUGUUUAUAUGUUGGAUGAGUCACUAAAAGUUACAGACAUGUCAGCGAAGUCACCAUUUGAUUUACUGCUGCUGAUUUUGCAUAGUCCUGAAAGGUCAGAGCCUGUCCCAUAUUACAGGCUUUAUUUGUAAGCCUGGCAGCAACAAAAGCAUUAUUUUUUGUGGGGAGGAAAUCUGUUGAAAAUCUUUAAACCAAGAGCCCUGGAAUCCCACCGUGCUCUGUGGGUGGUGGCUUUGGAGGGUUUUUCUUCAUUUCUCCACCUGAAAGCUCUGCCUUAGAGCUCUCCCAUUACACUGAACAGACCAGCAAAGAGAGAGGCUGAAUUAGCAAGGCACGAACUGAGAGACAAGGGUGCAAAACAAAGCUUUGAAAUAGCACGAUUUAGGCAACAUCUUUAAAAGCUGAAGUGCAUUUUACAUUUAUGUGGUUGAUCAUUCUGAAGCUGGUUCUUAGCCCGUAUUUAUCCAGCCACAUCUUUAUUACAAUAAAGAAAAUGUCUUCCUUGCUUUUAGAUAUUACUUUCCUCUGGCCUAGCUAAUUCCACUUUCCUGAUGUGUCAUCAGGGCUUUCUUAAAGCAAAAGGUUAAUUAUAUACCUAUGUAUAUAAUUAAUCUGUGUUUAGGGGGUCAAAAUGAGAAUAUUGCCUACUUUUUAAGAUCUAGGUUUACUGGUUGCUGUUGUUACUUUAUUAAUUGGCCCUGCAAGCUAAGAAAUUACUUCUUUUAAUCUUGAUUUUCUGGUUCAUGGGGGGAGGUGUGAGAGCCACUGGGAAAGAGAGACUUACAAACAAGUGGCAAAAGGUUGCCAUUGAGGUAAAAAAGACCUUCACAGCAGAGGAUGACUUUAUUUUUAGCAGCUCUGAAUAAUGAGAAGAAAUUAUUAUCUUCUUCAAUUAGAUAUCUGUUCCCAUUAGUUUCUUUCAGCAUUUUCAUUGGUAGGAAGGGGCAGAUUGGUGGCAGGAGGUUUUCACCUUUCUUGCCUACUUGAGAGGAAAUUAUUUAUCAGUCUAUAAAGCAUAACAAGCUGGAGCAGCUGGAACAAUGUCAGUAACUACUCACACCCUGAGAAAAUGUGUGAUGGAUAAAAGUAAAACCAAGUUAACUCAGGGCACGUCAGGGAAAGUAAGAGAAAAGACUUUGCUGCUGCCCUAAGCCCCAUAACAGUGCUGUGCCACCUCUGGUGCUCCUUGAACACACACACUUUCUUCUGGGGAAGUUAAUAAGCUGAAAUUUUCUGUAGCUUUAGCAGAAGCUCAAGAACUUGUCACUUGAAAGGAAAAGGAAAGGCCCUCAUUUUGAUCUGUAAGUAUUGUUACUUCUUUCCAUUAUUUUCAUCUCCCUCUUCCCCUUCAAAAAAAAAAAAAAAAGAAGGAAAAAAGAAUUCUACAGUGUGCCAGUGAAAAGGUUUGGGUUUAGGCUGAGAAAUUUUUUUUUUUAACUAGUUGAAUAAUUUUUUUCUCUGAAAGCAAAAAAAAAAAAAUAAAAUUCCUGUGUUUUUUAUACUUUCAUUUAACUACCUGGAACUAAUAUAAUCAGAGCGGUAUAUUGUGUAUAUUUUAACACACAAGCCACAUGUCAUUAAUGCAACUCGACCCACGUUAUUUUACUACUUUGGGAAGCAGGAGUUGGAGCUUUGUGUUUUCCUGGAUUAGAAAAGUAGCCUUGAUUCCCCACGAUAGCAGACACUCUCAGAAGGAUUUCUGUGUGCAGAGUAUUUCCCCAAAUGGAGUAAACAGUUUUAAGAUAAGCAGCUUUCUAUUAAAUGUGGCAGGCAUUUGGCUGACACAGCUUUGUGUUGACAGAUGCCUUUGUGUCUCUUUGUGAUGGAGAGAAGACAGAUGUUCUCCUUGGCAUUUAAGAAGGCUGUUGCUUAGCAAAAUAAAAUGUAAAAUUAGACUGAACAGUGCAACAGUGAGCAGUGAAACUGGCAGGACUACAAGCAAGAAGAGAUUGAAAGAGUUUCAUGUGACUGAAGUAGCUCUUGCUGGAAGUCAGUAACUGCUUUGUCAUUAUGUAAAAUUAGCCUAUGGGAAAAGAAAUUCUGUUUUUUCCAGCUCUGUUACAAUAUAAACUCAUGCCAGUGAAUAUCCGUGUAAGACUAAUCCUAUGCCAACCAUUCUCAGCAGGCAGGAAUGUCAGUGGGUAUUGAUGCUGAUGUGAUACAGCAGUUAGCAGCUGUAAACCCCUCAGUCUGUGCAUUGUUGUCUGAUGAAUUGGGCUCUUGAUUGUGUCACAAAGGAGAAUAUGAGAUUUUCUUAUUGAUGGCUGUAGGAUGGGGACAGAGCCUGCCUUCAGCAGGACCCUGUCCACUCUGAGCACCAGAGGAAGGAGCAGCCCAAGAGGAGCCUGCACUGGGAAUGGUCUGGUGUUUGGUGUGUUUGGCCCUGGUCCCACUGUCUCUGCAGGGUGGGUACAUUGCAGAGGUGGACCUGGAGAGCUCUCAUUUCUCUUUGAGCUGGGUCCUGUCCAUGUUAAAUGUAAACCCCGUAUGGAGACUUUAUGAUGGUCUCAAUGGAGCACUUGGUUCCCCUCAUCAGUGCCUCAGAGCUGGUCUAGUGGGAUCUGUGUCUCCUCAGUCAGUGGUGUGGAAGCUCCUGAGGAGCUCUUCACCUCUCACCUACCUCUGGAGACACGUAGUGCUGUUGCCUUAUGUGUGUGACAGGAGAGCACCAAGGGAACACAGGAGAGCCUUGUCUGAAGAACAACGCAGCUGCUGUGGGGCUGUAUAUAACUGCAGCUUAAAAAAAAUUGUCUCUCUUGGCUGCCUUAUACCCAAGAAAUACACUUGAGAGAGCUGCUACACAGAGAGGGAUAGAAUGUUCCCAUGGAAGAAGAGGUUAAAAAUUAUUAAAUUAGUAUAGUUUCUAUCAUGAGCCCUUCAGGGAUAAAAUGUGUUUCAACAAACCACAUAAUCCAGCUGUGAAAAAACUGUCUGCUAAGGGAAGAGAGCUGGAGCCAUGGUGUGUAACAUGCUUUGGGUCUGUACCUGUGCCAGAUGAGACAGGGAGCAUGUCAGGAAGAUGCAGAGUGGUUUCCUAUUUCACUGUUCCUCAAGAAGGAUCUAAAGAGAGUGUGAACGUUCCCCUCAGCCAAGCCCAAGUGAACCAGUUUUGGUGAGUGCAGCUCUUGCUCAAAUAACAUUGAAAAUACUUGGGAUGUGUUUUGCCAGGGUACCACGUUAAGCAACUUGACACGUUGGCACAGUGUGUGGAUGCUGGAGAAGUCCUUCAUUCACAGCUCCAUGGAUUGUCUCUCCCACACGUCAGGAGUUGGAGCAGCCUGAGCAAUGAGUGCUCCCCAUCCUGCCACUACACAGAGGCUGAAGGACAUUUCUGCAUCUCCACUGACCAGUUUGGCCUUGCUGGAACAGCUGUUCUCACCCCCAGCAGUGUCUCAGCCCUGGGAGUGUUCCCCCACUGCAAUGACAGCUCAGCUGUGAUUUGGGAAGCAGCUCCUCACUGGUGCAGUUACAGCCCCAGUCCAUGAUGGUGAGCUGGUUACAGCUGCGAGUUCUGUGCAUGUGCCAUGUGAAGUCUGACGGUUAUUCUGGGAUAAGUACAGCUGAUUUAGGAGCAGCUGCAGCAAUUCCCUGCUGAGCUCUCUGCAGCUAUCUGACUCUAGAGUGCCCUCAUCCAGUGCAGACCCCAGCGGGAGCAACUAUGAGCCUGGUACCAUCUAUAAACUCCCUUUGCUGCUGUGUGUGGUUUUAGUUUUAGAGGACAUGAACACUGUGCAAGGUCCCUUCCACCCUGCUGGGCAAGCCCAGUCCAUGGAUAGGUCAGUGGUCACUUACUUAUCAGGGACACCACUCACUGAGGACACAGAGACAUCGUGCCCAGGUAUGUGGUACACACAUGAUUAUGUUCUGUUGGGUCACACCAGCACUGGCUAUCUCUCUGGCCUCUGGAUAUAUUUGUAUGCAAAAGUAAUUUUCACAACCAAUCCAUCUUGAAAUGCAUAGAGACGGCACUCAACUCUGCACAAAGAUCCCAACUCAAUCCCAAGGGUAUUUGUGGUCAGGUCCGUUUUCUAACAUUAAAGUUUUGGCUAAAAUUAAAUUAGCAAAAAUACGUGUAUGUGUAGGGGUGAGCUGGAAGUUGCCUCUUGUUUAGCUCCUACAAAAAAGCCAUUACAAAUACUGUGGGACUUAAUGAAAUGUGUGUAUAUGGUCUGGUUGUGUGUGUAUGGCCUUGUUUCUCCUGGCCAUGGUGCCACCCUCCUGUGCAGAAUUCCUGCUUAGUAAUUAGAAAUAUCAUGUGGUAGGAAAAAAAAUUACUGUUUUCUUCCUUUUACCAUGUAGAAAAUGGAACACGUAAGUUACUGACCUGAAAAAGUGAUGCUCUUUGGCAUGUCUCAUGGACACCCCCUCCCCAAAAUCUCUGGUGCAAGGAUGACUUUUUCCUGAAAGGAAACCAGCUCCCCUUGGAAAGCAGACUGUGAGGCUUGUGGGGCGUGUUGUCCUUGGACUCCCUCCCACACACCCUCACAACAUGGAUUUAGGCCUCUUUCCACCAGAGGGAUGUGUUUCAGGUGUGUUAAACAAAUCAUUCUGGAAGGGGUCUCGCGGAAUCUCUCCCACCCCAAGCCCAGCCGUUGGACAGCCAAGCCAGACCUGCUGUGUUUCCAAACCACUUAGGCCCCACUGCUCAAACAGGAACUUUGCGUCUUGUUACUUUUAGGGGCUCCUUUUUUAAUUUUGGAACCCCCUCUCAUGCAUUCAGUGUUGAAAAGCCCUCUGCAGGCUCUUGCCUGGUUCACCGAUCUUUCUCAAACUCAGGUAAUUAGAACACUUGUUUUUAAGGAUUAACCAUCUUCAGUUGAUGAAUGAAUGAUCUGCCAUUAGAAUGCACCUUACCUGGAACACAAGAUGGUGGAUGCUGACAUUUGAAAUACAGUUGUCUUCUUCCUGUUCUCUAGGUAACACUUGAAGAAGUUGUGGGACAAAUGAAAUGGAAGAAAAUGGACACAUUGGUUAUUUUAUGAAUGAGGCAGAAAUGCAGGACCAGCUGGUGUUUUCCAAACCAGUCCCUGUUCAGGAGCAGCUGCUGGUGAGCUCCUGUAGGCCCAGCACAGCUGCUGGGGCAGCAACAUUCUUUUUGUUGCUGAAAAUAUUUUUUUCUUGACAAAGUCUUGUAGGGACCCCCCUGCCAAGGCUCAGGUGAGGCUGUGGCAGCCCCUUUGGUGGGGUCACCGUCCUGAACAAGGUGGGUUCAUUGGAAGGAGACCAGGACAUGACCAGAGGCUUGUUUCUGCUUCCAGCUCCAGAGGCACAGACACCAAUUUCCUCUCUUGCCAAGCAAUACAGAGGCAUAGGAACACACCUGUGAUUUAAGAGCACUUUAUUGUUCUUUAAGGCUACUUUUAAGUACAAAAAAAAAAGAUGGCCUGCCAAACCUUUUUUUUUUCCAGGUGAAACAAGGCCACAAAAGAAUGGUAUAUUACAGAUUUACAAACAGAGAGAGAAUUGUUUAAACUGAACUGUAGAUAACCUGGCUCUGUGAAGAAACUUCACCACGUCUCGUGAUGGUGAGUUCAGUUUAGCGUCCUUCCACCACCCCCCAACCCCUUGGCUUUCAUGACAUUGUUGGGUCCAAUAAUUUAUGUUUUACUGGACAUAGCACAUUAAAUCUUUAUUGCCCUCAAAUCCAUUUACCUAUCUCAGAUAAGUAAAUGUAACCUUGUAAAACAGCUAUUAUUGAAAAUAUUAGCUUUAAAACCAUUAUCUUACUUGUGUUUACAAAGAAAUGUAGGAGUCACAUUUUCCACAGAGUCCAUCUACAGUAUUAGUAUUGACUGUUAUACUGCUCAGUAGCCUCUAGCAAUAACAAAUGAGUGGCUAUUAAUGCUAAUGCAGUGUCCUCAUAGAAUAACUGUGUUCCUGCACUUUUACUGUAUUACAGACAAAUCUACAACAAAAAAAAAAGAUCAACUUUUUUCUCCAACCAAAAAAAAAAAAUAAUAAA